AACAUUAGGCACGUGAUCUGAAUAAACUAACGCGUAUUGUCGUCGAGCCUGUACUCGAAACUCCUGAAAAUGCAUAUAUUUUCAGCAACUAUUCUUUUUCUUUGGUUGAACGGGCUAUAUUUUGUAGAAUGUGGGAUGCCACUUGUAAUCAAUACCUGGCCAUUUACAAACGCAACAGAGAAGGCAUGGAAUGUAAUCAACGAAGGGGCCUCUGUUCUGGAUGCCGUGGAGGAGGGCUGUUCAGUCUGUGAGGUAGAGCAAUGUGACUUCACCGUCGGCUAUGGUGGAAGUCCUGAUGAAUAUGGGGAGACCACAUUGGAUGCUAUGAUCAUGGAUGGGGAUACUCAUACAGUUGGUUCUGUUGGGGGACUUCAUCGCAUUAAGAGUGCUAUUUCAGUUGCUAGAGCUGUAAUGAUGUACACAAAAGAGACUUUGCUAGUGGGAGAAUCAGCCACCAAAUUUGCAAUUGAAAUGGGAUUCAAGCAGGAAAAUUUAACAACAAACAAAUCAAGAUCUAUGUGGGAGGAAUGGCAAAAAUCAAAUUGCCAACCCAACUUUCGACAGAAUGUGUCCCCUGACCCGUCAAAAUCAUGCGGUCCAUACACCCCCCUGAAAAGAGAUCACGUGAAGUCAAACAAGAGAGGGCGCUAUAACAAAGAUGUCAGCAGCAAGAAUCAUGACACAAUUGGUAUGAUUGUGAUCGACUCUGAUGGGCAUAUAGCCGGGGGUACAUCCACGAAUGGUGCCACACAUAAAGUGCCAGGGAGAGUUGGGGAUUCCCCUAUUGCUGGAUCAGGUGCCUAUGUAGAUAGAGAAGUUGGCGGGGCAGCUGCAACAGGGGAUGGUGAUGUAAUGAUGCGAUUUUUACCCAGCUAUCAGAUUGUGGAGAAUCUAAGGAAUGGGAUGGCACCUGACAAAGCAUGUCUGUCGGCGCUCGAGAGAAUCACUAAAUAUCAUCCAGAUUUCAGCGGUGCUCUUAUAGCUGCUACCAUCAAUGGAAAAUAUGGUGGAGCUUGUCAUGGCUUUUCAUCCUUCCAUUACUCAGUCAGGGACCCAUCGAUGUCCUCAGUCCAAGUCAUUGAAGUGCCUUGCUCAUCGUUCCCUCAUGUCACCACUUAUAAUACAUCAAGUACUGAUUGAAGGUCAAAACCCUAUCAAAUAUCUUUAUCGCAUAUAGCCAAUAAUGAGCCACUAUCGAUACCAAAAUCCUGAGUAAAUUUGCUGCGACCUUGCGACUUCCAGUCGCAAAUAGUGCAGCAGCUCCACACAGCGCCACCAUAUACAGCCGGGAAGUAUCAGCUGAGUACGAAAGUGCAAAUUCAUUGUUUUUCUAGCUCUACCAGAUUUUUUAAUUGUUUGCACAGUCAUAUAGAUUGAUUUCAGUGAUAGGCCUUGCCUCUCUUGAUCUUGACGACAGGGUCACCCAUUUUAGUUCAGUUACUAAACACAAAAUGUAAACACAAUAGGAAUUCCAUUUGCCUGCAUAAAUAACAGAAGUUUUGCAACAUUUGGUUGCAAAACGGUAAUAAUUACGGCAAAGGUUUGUGGCACCAUUGUAAUCAUGUUAUGCACAUGUCGCUGAAAUUUGAGUCGAAGAGCAAUGCAAUACUUUAUAAUUUCAUUAUUUUCAUUAACCUUGAAUAGGGAGUUUUCACUUCGACAAAGCAUGAUGAAUUCAAGAACAUAGAAAAUGUAUUGUCAAAUGUCUUACAUGACAAUGAACAACAGUGAAUCAAAAAGGAGUUUCAUCCUUGACUCUGGACUAAUGACAUAUUUGCAAUUUCUGUCGGCUCCGUCAGCUGUUUUCGACAAAGACCUCCCAGCUGCUCAUUGUCAUUUGCCAGGCAUUUUCAAUAGAUUUACUGUGUUCUGGUAUCUGUCCAUGUUGCAGUUGCAAGAACUCCCUGAUAUCUUAUCAUGUAAAACAUGAACUACUACUUGUUUGUAUUUUGUUAUGAUGUAAAGGAAAUAUUGAAGGACAUGAAAUAUAUUUUGUAAAUGUAACAGAAAACUCUUGUGUGUUUAUAUGUCCGUACAUUUGGUUCCUUCUCUAAACCCCUUUCCUUUCUAUAUAUCCGCUCCUUUCUUACUUGGUUCUCUUGGACUUUGGCUACAAGGGUGGAGUUCGAGAUGCAUGUUCCAAGCACAUAAUUUGAUGCCACUUGCAAAUCCUUCCUAAUUCCGAUUUCAAAAUGUUGGUACCUCUGCCAUGGCAACAGGCCCAACAAAGUUUUCAGGAGCCCAAAUUGUUCAGAUUGCAGUAGAUGCCAAUAAUACAAGUUUUAGGCUCUGACGACUGGAUAGAUGCCUUGCACGAGGAUCUCUUGUUUGAAACCACCGCUCUGAUGUGAACCAAAAGACAGACUUCAAAACUGCAGUACUCUACUCAACAAUGCAAACACAUGGUCAUAAUCACACAACAAUUUAUAAGCAAAUACAUGCAGUAUUUAUUACUGACUUACAGUCGUUUCACAUCAUUCAAGUAAUAACCAAUAAGAAAAAUAGAGGCCGUUUCUUGUGUAAAAAAAAAAGGGUGUAUGAAAGGUUGUAUCUGUUGUGUUUGAAAGAUAAUGGAGUAAAUCGAUAAAAUAUUCAGUGAAUUCUAAUUUCAUAUCUAUCAAAAUAAUGGAUACAAAUUGGGUAAAUUCUAGAAUAUUGCUAGGAAAGUGCAUGAUAAUCUGAUAAUUGUAGAUAGUUGAAUUCAUUUACAUUACUAAAUCAUCGACUUAAAUCAUGAUUAAAACGAAAGUAACACAAAAGGUGGGCAAGAAUCGUUAUCUCUAAUACAAAAGACAUUAUGGAAGAGAAAAUUAUUAGACAUUACAUCAUUAUAGGAAGACGAAAUGUUCACUCACUUUACUACAGUUUUGCCCUUGAAUUCAUAAUUGCAAUUCAUCGACAAUUCACAUGGUCUUAAAAAAAACAAA